AUGAGUGUUACAAUACAAAACGGUUGUAAAAUGCGGAGCGAAUUUGUUUAUCAGGAAAAUAAUGAAGAAACAAUGAAUGGCGAACAUUGGAAUUUUGGUGGACAUUUGUGGUGGGUUUUUUAACACGGAAUUUCGUGGUUAUAAAUUCAAUUUCAAAGUUCAAAUGUUACUUCAAAAUCUUCCAAGCAUAAAAAUUCCCAUUUUUCCAGGAAAAUCAGUGCGGAUAAUUCAGGCGGAGAAUUCAUUGUCUAUAUCAAUUUAGAACGUCCAACUGUUCCUGAAAACGACGUGAAAACAUGGACUUGCCACGUGGAAGGCGAAUUUCGCAUUUUGAAGCAAAAUCAUGAGGGUGGCUAUAAGCAAUGCGAUUUCGAUUUUUAUUUCAAUCACGAUGAAUCAUCGACUGGACAUAUGGUUUUGAAAACGAAAAAAUUGGAGAGAGAUGGAUAUUUAACUGGCAAUUUGGAUCGAAUUGUGAUUGAGAUUCAUUUCGAUUUCAAAUUUUUUGAUUUUUCGAAAAACAUCGAUGGAUUUACGGAUCUUAAAAUACUGUUGGAAGAUUCGAUUUUUUAUUUUAAUAAGGCGGUUUGUUUUUUUUUUUGAAUUUGAGUUAUGACGUGGCAAACUCAUGUUUAGUAAUUGAUAAAAGAUAGUUUUCAGCUACUUAUAUCCCAAUCCAAAUAUUUCUUCGAAAAAAACGAUUCAUCAGAGAUCAGAAUUGACGAAAAAUUGUGCGACGAAGACGAAUUUUGUUGUUUUUUGGUGUCGAUGUACAAUAGAGCGAAUAUGAUUGAUUGUAAGCGAUUGUCCACAUGAAAGACUGAAAUUUUCAAAUUUUCAGAUGGAGCUAUUCGAUCACUCGCAAAACUCGCACUUAUAUUCCAAGCUCCAGCAAUUAUGUCAAUUUGCGAAGACUAUGAAAUUCGACGACUUUUGCCCAAAAAUCGAUCGGAUUAUUACAAACCUUUCGAGAAGUUCAAAUUUUGUUUGAUGUCAAGUUUUGAAACUGCUGAAAAAUAUGGACUAGAGCUACUUAUGGUAACUUCUUAAUUUAUGCCUUUCAGCUCUCUUCUUCUAAAAUAAACUUUCUUUCAGCAAAACUCUCUGACUUCAUUCGAAAAUCGAAAACAAAUUCGAGAAUUCAAAGAUCUUCCCGAGUAUGCCGAAUUGAAAGAAACGACGAAGAAGCGGAUUUUCAAACGAUAUUUGAAUAUUUUAUAA